CCAUUUCAUUGCGGCGUUGUUUAGUGGUGUAUCAGUGGAAGUGCAGCGUAAACAGUGGUGGAAAAAUUGGACUGUAAUAACACCCGCCUACAGGCCAAUGGAAGCGGCCGUCAACCCGCAUCACGACAGCUCCCUGGUUGGGUUGUCCGGCGGCGGGAUGGACCAACACAGUAGUUCGGGCAAACGCAUUCGUAAGCCCUCCCUGCUGUACGAAGACUUUGAGAGCCCGUCUUUGCCGCACACGAUGCCCCAAGGUCCUCCUGCCCCCCCACAGCCUCCAGUGAAGGAUCCUAGCCGGCCAAGCCGCAUGACCAACCAGCUGCAGUUUCUCCAGAAGACCCUGAUGAAGUCACUGUGGAGGCAUCAGUUUGCUUGGCCUUUCCACGAGCCGGUGGAUGCCUUCAGGCUUAACCUGCCAGAUUACCAUAAAAUUAUCAAACAACCCAUGGAUAUGGGAACUAUCAAAAAGCGCCUGGAGAACAAUUACUAUCGCAGUGCUAGUGAGUGCAUACAGGACUUCAACACAAUGUUCACCAACUGCUACAUCUACAACAAGGUAGGUUAUAAGCCGACAGACGACAUUGUGCUGAUGGCCCAGCCCUUAGAGAAGAUCUUCCUCCAGAAGGUGGCCCAGAUGCCCGAGGAAGAGGUUGAGCUGCCUCCUCCAACCCCUCGGAGCAAGAACAGCCGGGGAGGAGGUCGCAAAUCUAACUCGAGGGCUCAGCAGGUCCCGGCAGUGUCCCAGUCAGCCUACUCCCCUUCUUCGUCGGACACUGGGGAGUCCAUGCUGGCCAAUUCUCCCCAGACUGUGCUACCCAAAAGCCUCCCCCCUGCCAACAUCAUGAGCCUGCCGCUAACACAGCCCACAACCAAGAAAAAAGGUGUCAAACGUAAGGCAGACACCACCACCCCCUCCACCAUGGGAUUGACUGUGGGCAUGUCGGGAGCAACACACAUGGUGGGUUUGGGGAAAGGAGGCCACGGGGGCCAGGUCCACGACACCUCCAUGCACUCCAUCUCCUCCAUGGGGGGCAUGAGCCUGGAGACCCCGCCUGGGAUGGGCCUGGUCAGGAGCCCUGGAGGUCCCGUCCUGCUGCAGCCAAUGAUGGCAGGCAGUGGACGCAGAGUGGGCAGUGGACGCCCCAUCAAACCCCCCAAGAAGGACCUGCCCGAUUCUGUUCAGGCUCAGCCCUUGAAGAAGGGCAAGCUGAGCCCCCAGCUGAGGUACUGCAGCGGGCUGCUGAAGGACAUCUUGUCUAAGAAACAUGCAGCGUACGCCUGGCCUUUCUACACCCCUGUGGACGCAGCUGCACUGGGACUUCAUGACUAUCAUGACAUCAUUAAGUGUCCCAUGGACCUCAGCUCCAUCAAGCGGAAGAUGGACUGUCGGGAAUACAGAGACGCUCAACAGUUUGCUAGCGAUGUACGACUCAUGUUCUCCAACUGCUACAAGUACAACCCCCCCGACCAUGAUGUUGUAGGCAUGGCACGGAAACUGCAGGAUGUGUUUGAGUUCCGAUUUGCCAAGAUGCCAGAUGUACCACAUAUGGAUCACUCAGCCAUGUCAAUCAGUGGCAAUCCAACAUCGUCGUCGUCCUCUUCUUCUUCCUCCUCGUCCUCAUCAUCGUCCACUUCAGAGAGCGAGCCCAGCAGUGAGAGUGAAGAGAGCGAGAGCAGCCCCAAUUCCGACUGUGAAGAAGUGCGAGCACAUCGCUUGGCUGAGUUACAGAAUCAGGUGUGCACACAACUCAGAGCCAUGCACGAGCAGCUCGCCGCCCUCUCUCAAGGCCCCAUCAUUAAGGCCAAGAAGAAGAAAGAGAAGAAAGAAAAGAAGGAGAAGGAGAAGAAGAAAAAGAAGAAGCUGGAGAAGAGAAGUCGAACUGAAAGAAGCAGAGCUGGCUCUGAGGAAUGGAAAAUGCCUGGCAAGAUCCUGAAAAGCAAGUCUGCCAAAACAGGUGGCUCCCAGCCAAAGAAGAGCCAGGGGAAGAAGAGUAACAAGAAUAGCAAGCCCACAAAGAAGCCCUUCUACCCCCCACCGCCCACAUCCAUGCUGCCGCACUACGACUCUGAGGAAGAGGAGGAGUUUGUGCCCAUGUCCUACGACGAGAAGCGCCAGCUGAGCCUCGACAUCAACAAGCUGCCAGGAGAGAAGCUGGGUCGUGUGGUCCACAUCAUUCAGUCCAGGGAGCCUUCCCUGAGGGACACCAACCCCGAGGAGAUCGAGAUAGACUUUGAAACACUGAAGCCGUCGACACUGAAGGAGCUGGAGCGCUACGUCAUGACCUGUCUGAGGAAGAAGCCCCGUAAGCCUUACGGUGAACUAGUUUCAACAGGAAAGAAAGGAGGUGUUGCCAUGUCUAAAGAGGAGCUGACUCUGGAGAAGAGGAGGGAGCUGGAGAGGAGGCUGCAGGACGUCAGUGGGCAACUCAACUCUGUCAAGAAACCAACAAAACCUAAAGUGGAGAAGCCCAGCGCUGUGGAGACCAACACUCAGCCCGCACGCCUCAGCGGCAGCAGCUCCAGCUCUGACUCCUCCUCCUCUUCCUCCUCCUCCUCAUCCUCAGACACCAGUGAUUCAGACUCUGGUUGAGAUCCUUGGCACUGGCUAACAGAGAAAAAUGCUAAUAACUCAGGGACUUGGGCUGGCCCAGGUCACUACAAACCCUGAAAUGGUAGUGGGCUGAGAUAUUAAACACCAUAGAAAAACACUCUGAGUGACUUUGAAUGUGGGAAUGAGGGAUGAGGAACAACGUCUCUGUGGAUAAUCGUAGAACCCAGACUCUAAAUGCCUUGGUUUCCCCCUCCUACCCUUUGUAAAUAUUUGUACAAAUGUAUGUUUCUUUUAUAAAGAAGAAUUUUAUGGUGAUCCCCCAAAGAGGGAAAUAGAUUAAAAAAGACGAUGUGGAAAGAUUGGCCUUACUCCAAAUCUGCUUUGGCUGUCCUUUCGCUGUGUCCUCUGUGAAGAGGGAAAGGAAGAGUGUUUGUUUAUUUAUUUGUUUUCUUGACCCCCAUUUCCUGAGACAUUACUGGAAUUUGAACAAGCAAUCUUUUUGGUCUCAAACCUUGCUUUUCUAACAUCUGGCCUUCUGUUCCACUUGAUUUUAAUAGCAAUCCCUAGUCAUCUAGGUUGUUUAUAAUACUUCCAUUAUUUGGAUAAAAUAAUAUAUUAUUAAGGAGCUCUAAGAUUCCUUCUCGGGAGCUCGUAAGGAAAAACAAACCUCUUGUAUCUGACAUUUUCAGGACAAAGUAUGAUUCUGGUUUGAGUUCUGAAUCAUUACUCUUGUGUUUACACACAUUGCUCUUGAAGUUAAACAUCAGUUUGACAUUGAGCUUUUAGCUGCUGUAUGUUUUUAUGCAUGUUCAUGUUUUUGAAAGUAAAUUGGGUUCAUGUUACAGGAUAGAAAGGAAUUAACUUAACUGUAGUUUCAAAGUUUGCAAUAACGUAACAUACUCAUUCAGUUGGUAAUGAUUUUGAUUGCAGCACUAACAAUCUGAUAGUCCUCCAGCCAUGGUAGGAAUGACUAGUCUUAAUAUAGAACUAGUUGAUCCUGUCUUCAGUAUUUGAAAUCAGCUCUUCACUGUUCUCCACAUUGCUCUUCAUUAUGUCAAACUGUAAUUGAAGUGUGUAUAGUGCUGCGUACCGGUACUCCGAACUGGUACUGGACUUGUAAAAAGUUUCGGUUCAAGUCCGGUUAAAACCGGAAUGUCGGAAACCGGUACUUGGACUCGCAGAAAAACUAGCACUUAUAUUAUCCUUUUUAUUCUAAACCAUCUAAAACCUUCCAUAGAUCGAGAAAUUUGCGCUGAGAAAAGACGAAAAACAUUGUGUCGGCUUCAGAUAUGGCGGCCAUUACUGAACUCACGAAGUCUUGCAAAAUAUCGCAACUGCUCGCCAGAUCUGUGUGACGUCAAGGGAAGCUAGCGAUGUGGUUGGCUUAGACAUAGUGGACAGCGUGGGCUGCUGUGGUCGCCAUAUUAGAUAUUUGGUAGUGUCUAACUCAUUUGUUUGGUCUACGGCGCCACGGGUCAUGUAAACACAAUGCCGCGGGGCUUUAAAUCCAGUAAGGUGUGGGAUCAUGUGACGAAACUGCCGCUAGAUACUGCGAAGUGUAAGGGUUAGAAUACAAUAAGUUCACUUUAGUUACUCACACAAGCCAUGGGUUCAAUAAGUCCGGACCUGAACCUGAACAUCUGGACUUGAGUCCGGACCUGAACCUGAAUGUGAGUCCAGGUACGCAGCACUAAGUGUGUAUCUAUUUCCUAAUAGCUGAACACAGGCUCCUGAAUGUUAUCUGAUUGUAGUGCAGGUUUCUAAUUUCCACAUGAGUCUCCUGAACAUGUGAAGUAUUGCAUUGCUGUUUCCAGAAGACAUCUGUAGCACUUAAACGCUCAGUGAGAGUUUCUUAAAUAAAUCUUUUGGCUACUCAGCACUUACUGGAACCAGUGUUGUUGAAUAAGUAACGGCACACGUUUCCUAUAAAGAGACAUCAAAGUCCUUAAAGCCCCAUGCAUAGUUGAAGCUGUUGUUGAAUGUCCACUAAAAGAAUAUAUGCUUGUAUAUACUUAAACUGUAUUUGCUGUUGCACAACUUACUGUAUUUCUGCUGUUCUGUCCUUGUUUUCUUUUCAGUUAUGUUGUUUCCUUUUUACACACUGUUAUUUCUCAUUCCAGUCUUAGUUGUUUACUGAAGAGAGUUCACAGGAGCAUCGCUGCCUCUCAGAAGCAUACCUUUCCUUUGACAAGUGUGUUUAUUAAAACAUUCUCUUCUGUAGAAAAAACACUGACUUUUUCCGGGAAUCAAUAGAGGUGAUCAUUAUUUAUUUUAAAUUUCUCAUUUGUGAAGAUUACCAGAAUGUUUUAUAAUGUAUAUUUUAUAUCCUUCAAUAACUGUUGUUCGGAUUAAAUAAGCAACAAAGCUAUUACAGAAGCGAUUCAUUUAACCACAUUGAGCAUUAAUGAAAGUCACGAGCACACAACCCCUCAUUUAAAAAAAAAAUGUUGUUCUUUUUAACUACAUUACUGCUUCACAAUUUCAUCUAAAGACAGAGGAUUAUACUGAAGUACGAUAUGAUAUAGAUCUAUUAGGGCCUUCCAUAGCUUUUAAAAGGCAAGUGAACCCCUGUAAACUUGGUAUUUUAGGUGAAAAAGGUGUGUCCCAUUUCUCCUGACAGGGGCACACGUAUUCUAGUUACGAUUUUCGUCCACUAGGUGUCAGCAGUCACUCAUGUCAAAAUUGGAGUCGCAUGUGUCUUCAGUGUUUUCGAGGAGUUAAAGGCAGUGAUCGGGUUUGUUUGAACAGGAAAUCAUCUCACAGUGGU